AAGCCCAACCCUUUAGUGCCCUAAUAGAGAAUUAGAAACCCUUUUCUCUAUCUUCUUCACCAAAGCUGCUGCUACUAUUUGAAGUCCUUGAGCGAGAUGCCCUUAUCACACCUUCUAGCCUAAGCGAAACGAGCCCCUCUCUUUUUUUUUUUUAUAUAUAUUUACUUGAAUGUAUGAGUUACAUUUAUCGAUUUCUUUUUUGGCCAUUGGUUAAGUUUUUCAAUUUGUAUAUAUAAAAGAUAUAUUCUGUCUCCUUUUAAUUUCAGAGAAAAAAUUGAAAAUUUGAAGAAGAAAAAGUCUAGUAUGAAGAAGAAGAAGGGAAAUAGAGAGAAGGCUAAUGUCGUUGAUGAUGGCGAAGCCGUUCAAAUGGUGGCAAAUUUAAUUACAACGAAAGAAGAAAAGAAAAAGGAUAAAUCAAGCAAGAAGAAAAGAAAAAGUCAGGAAAAAAAUAAUGCCUGUGUUGGAAUUGAUCAGCUUGGUGAUGAGUAUGAAGACCAUCUUCAAAAACAAAAUGGCAAAUAUAAGAAAGAUAGGAAAAUGAAAAAGAAGGACCACAGCUCAUCGAGGGAGAGUGAACAAUUGGUGGAAAUGAGUAAAGCUGUUGAUGAGGAUGAAGUAUAUGAAAUACCUUCAGGGGAUGAAGACUGCUCUAAAGGAAUGAAAAAAUGGCUUACCAAGUACCACCAAAGUAGGCCUGGGUUGAAAGUAUUGCAACAAAGAAUUGAUGAUUUUAUAAUCGCGCAUGAGACAAAACUUGAACAGGAAAGAAAAGAAAAAGAAGCUCGCCUUACAGAAGGGGGAUGGAUACUUGUUGAACAUCAUAAAGGAAGAAAAAAAACCACAGACUCUGAAAGUGGAACUACAGUGGGCUCUGUUUCCCAGGCUGUUGUGGAGGAGAAAUUAGCCAAGAAGAAGAGCAAAGAGCUCUUUGAUUUUUACCGGUUUCAAAAAAGAGAAGCCCAGAAGAAUGAACUUAUGAAGCUGCAGAGCAAAUUUGAGCAGGAUAAAAAGAGGAUCCAACAGUUGAGGGCUGCUAGGAAGUUUCGACCUUACUGAGUGCAACCAAACCCUUAUAAAGAACCAAGAGUUUUUAUGGAGGGCAAAACCACAGUUCUAUUCAUCGAAGCCCGCGGGUUGGCUUGGCCUAGUUAUGGCUCUCUAGUAUAUUAUGCACGUUUCCGGUUGAUUAUAGGUGUAGAAUUUGUCCAUUUUCGUUGUGCAUGACCUUGUUGGGAUAGUCAUAUCCUACACUGCUCUUCAAUUUAUUGGCAAACCAAAAUGAUUGUAAUUGGAUUGCUCAUUUUUCAUUUUGAAUCACAUUGAGUUAGGAAACUAAGAGAUGGAAGGAAGAUAAGUAGCAUCGUCCCAUUAGAAAAUCAUGUCAUACGUGGGGAAGCAUUUGUAGAUAUCAACAACUGCUGUCUCUGUUUAUGUUGCUGCUUUUUAUUUGAGGAACUAAAUUCUGAAACAUGGUAAACAAUAAGUUGCAUGGAGCAUCAUUUUGACGGGGAAAAAUCUCUUUCACUUUAUAUUGUUAAUACAAUCACAAGGUUGUUGGGGCCAAACAAAGUUGGUCGUCAACUUCAAGCAAAUAAUCUGUAUUUCUCCGUCAUGAAGCAACUAUCUUAGCAUCUAUACAUCAAUGUGCCACAUUGCCAAUGUCCAUGGAUUUAUAUAUCUUGGGUGUAGCCUUUAUGCUUCUAUGCACUUGCAAUUGUUUUCCUUUUAGGGAAAAAGAGAUCAAAUGAGAAAAGAUUUCUUCUUAAAUGGACAGCUCAAUUGAGGUUGCUUUCAUCUGCAC